UGUUAAUGGAAAUGAGGGUGGGUUUGUUCCAAAAUAGGCUUCAAUUUUAAUGGAAAUGACAGCCCCACCAUUGUACAUUUUCAGGGGGACCUACUGUUGUCGCACAUCCAAACGUUUGUCGCUUUAGAUAUCAUCCAUUGUUCUUGAUUUGCCCAUUGUUCUUGCCAACUGGCAUCUCUGAUGUGUCCACAAACAGAUAAAGGAAGCAAAAACCAAAAGAUAAAACGAGGGAUAAACUAAGUCCAGGACUUUAGUGUGAUUGUUUUGGUCCCUUUUUCCCCUCUUCAAUAGAAAUGCAACGCAGAGAAAGAGAAGAUGGAAAUUUUUGUUAUAUAAACAAUCCAAUUUCCAUCGCCUCUUCUGCUACCUGAUACCAAAAAUUCCCUCAAAGCCUAACCACUGAAUUGCCACCAUGAAUGAUUGGUCUGCUACACAUUAUUGCAGUGGAGGUGAAUCAGGUUGGACUAUGUACUUAGACCAAUCCUAUACUUCAGACCAUCGUUUCGGUGGCGGGGUUGAUGGGGUAAAGGAAGCAAAAGCAAGAGCAGAGGAGGCGGAUGAAGAAGAUCUAUCAAUGGUGUCUGAUGCUUCCUCAGGUCCACCACAUUACCUUGAGGACAACGAAGAAUUGUUUUACAAUAAUGGGUAUUCUUCCUAUACCUAUUCAGCUUCAGAUUCAACAAUAAAUUGCAGUAAGGAGGAGAAUAAAAAGAGCAAGAAAAGCAAACAAAAUGGCAGAAAUCAGCAACCUUCUUACCUUGAUGACACUGCUAGCUCCCCUGUAUAUGGCUACGGCAAAGCAAGCAAAAUCAAGGCAGCAACAAGCAACAAAGCUUCGGAGGAGAAUCCAGUUGAUUUUUCUCAGGGAUUCUCAGCAACCCACUUUAAGAGAAAAACUGCACUGAGGAAACAAAAAUCAGCGCCAGAAGAAUGAGGGUAUUAGCGAUUCCGCCGCAGCUUCCGAUGCCCUUUUUGGGCCGUCAAGUAAAUGACAACGACAUGUUAUAGAAAUCAGAGGGAUAUUGUUCCUUUUAUUAUUAUUAUUAUUCUCAAUUUAAUUUUCCCCCCAAUGUUUUAGGCUGUGUUGGCUUCUCUUUUCCACGUUCUUGUCAAGGCAAUGGGACACAUGAAACACUAAAAACGGACCGAAAAAUGGAAAAAGAAAAAGAGUUUAAAG